UUUGGCUAAAAGUGACGCAAAAAUUCUUCAAGAGCUCUUUGGCAGCGGAUUAUCUGCAAAUCAGACCAUGUGAGAGGGUUGGAGUACAAAAACCUCCCCGGCACGCUGGACGGGCUUCAGGCUCAGUGGCAGAGCCUCCGGAGUGAAUUUAGGGUUAGGGUUACGGAGACUUGGAUAAUUCCUUGGGAAAAGGCCCUCAGACGCAUCUGAAAGGCAGAAAUAGGCUGUGCCACUGGCCCAGAAGCCAUAAAGCCAGGAGAAGAUUCCCGGGGGACCCGGACUUGCCAAGAGCAGCUGGAGAGCUGGGUCUCUGCACCCCAACCAGUUGCAAAUGGACAGCAGCAUCAUCUCCUAACCGGCAGCAUGGAGAAGAAGUCUGGUUCCGAGACCACGCCCCUGAACUCCAAGAAAGAGCCGGUGGCCUGUAAGGACAGGGAAGACUGUCGGGAAAACGGGCUCCUGGCACAGGAUCCAAGAGGGCAAGUGGGCCAGGGGGGCAAGACAGAGUCAGGCCGGAUCUCCAAUGGAUACUCGGCCAUUCAGAGCCCCGGCAGCGGGGUGGGAGCCAGCGAGGACUCCCAGUGCCCCCUCCCUCCGGCCUCCACCAAUACAACCACCACCUCCACCGUCACUGCUGCCGCUUCAGGGGCCGAGGCUCACCAGGAGGAACGUGAGACCUGGGGGAAGAAAAUGGACUUCCUCCUCUCGGUCAUCGGCUAUGCCGUGGACCUGGGCAACGUUUGGCGCUUCCCCUAUAUAUGUUACCAGAAUGGAGGAGGCGCGUUCCUCAUCCCGUACACCAUCAUGGCCAUCUUCGGCGGGAUCCCUCUCUUCUAUAUGGAGCUAGCCCUGGGCCAGUACCACCGGAAUGGCUGCAUUUCCAUAUGGAAGAAAAUCUGCCCAAUUUUCAAAGGCAUCGGCUAUGCCAUCUGCAUUAUCGCCUUCUACAUCGCCUCGUACUAUAACACCAUCAUGGCCUGGGCCCUCUACUACCUCAUCUCUUCCUUCACGGACCAACUGCCGUGGACCAGCUGCAAAAAUCCCUGGAACACAGGCAACUGCACCAACUACUUUGCCGACGGCAACGUGACCUGGACACCCUAUUCCAAAUCUCCCGCUGAAGAAUUUUAUACCCGCCACGUGCUGCAGGUGCAUCGGUCCAAAGGACUGCACGACCUUGGGGGCGUGAGCUGGCAGCUGACCCUCUGCUUGAUGCUCAUCUUCACGAUUGUCUACUUCAGCAUCUGGAAAGGGGUCAAAACAUCUGGCAAGGUGGUGUGGGUGACGGCUACAUUUCCGUACAUCAUACUAUCUAUCCUGCUCGUCCGAGGAGCGACCCUGCCGGGGGCCUGGAGGGGCGUCCUCUUCUACCUGAAGCCCAAUUGGCAGAAACUCCUGGAGACUGGGGUCUGGGUGGAUGCUGCAGCUCAGAUCUUUUUCUCCUUGGGGCCCGGCUUUGGGGUCUUGUUGGCUUUUGCCAGCUACAACAAGUUCAACAACAACUGCUACCAAGAUGCCCUGGUGACCAGCUCCGUGAACUGCAUGACCAGCUUCAUGUCAGGAUUUGUCAUCUUCACGGUGCUCGGCUAUAUGGCUGAAAUGAGGAACGAGGAUGUGUCCGAGGUGGCUAAAGACACAGGACCCAGUCUCCUGUUCAUCACCUACGCAGAAGCCAUUGCCAACAUGCCAGCUUCCACCUUCUUCGCCAUCAUCUUCUUCCUGAUGCUGAUCACCCUGGGCCUGGACAGCACGUUUGCAGGUCUGGAGGGCGUGAUUACUGCUGUGCUUGAUGAGUUCCCACACAUCUGGGCCAAGCGCCGGGAAUGGUUUGUGCUCGGCGUCAUCGUCACCUGCUUCCUGGGCUCGUUAUCCACCCUGACCUUUGGAGGGGCGUAUGUGGUGAAGCUGUUUGAAGAAUAUGCCACGGGACCAGCGGUGCUCACCGUCGUGCUCCUGGAAGUUAUCGCGGUGGCAUGGUUCUAUGGCAUCACCCAGUUCUGUAGGGACGUGAAGGAAAUGCUUGGCUUCAGCCCGGGCUGGUUUUGGAGGAUCUGCUGGGUAGCCAUAAGCCCCAUCUUUCUCCUGGUCAUCAUUUGCAGUUUUCUGAGCAGCCCCCCGCAGCUCCGACUAUUUGAUUACACUUAUCCCCCUUGGACAGUCAUCCUGGGUUACUGCAUUGGGACUUCAUCUUUCAUCUGCAUUCCCAUCUAUGUGAUCUAUCGGUUGGUCAUCACUCCGGGAACAUUCAAAGAGCGAAUUCUUAAAAGUAUCACUCCAGAGACAGCUACAGAGAUUCCCUUUGGGGAUGUCCGCAUGAAUGCUAUCUAACAAGCUGCCGAGGGAGUGGAAAAUGGCAUUCCUAAGUAUAUCUCUCCCUGCCCUGCCUUCCUGCCCCUCUUCCUCCCCCAUCAAAUGAACUGAGUUUCCAGCUGAGCCAAGGAAUGGGAGGGCGCUGCCCGGCCAGACCCUGCGAGCCACGGGCACCUGGACAUGAGGAUCCGCAUUCAGAUCCACAUUCUCCCCCGACCCCCUUCUUCCCAUGUCAUCCGCUGGACAUCGCCAAGAAGCUUCUCACAGUCCUCUGAACUGGUCCACGUGGGAAGUGUGAGGGUGUGUUUGAGUGCUUGGCUGCGGGCAGCUGCUACUGUCUGGAUGUGCGAAGGAGUUGGUGUGAACCACUGUUGGGAAAUCUCAGCAGCUGGGAUUAGAGUCUGUGAGAGUGCUCCGAUACCUUCUCCAUAUGAUCAUUUGAAUCAGACCAUACCGUUUGUGCUUUCUGAGGGUUCCAGUGUCAAGUGAGUGUAUAACCUGGGUCAGAGAACACAGGGACAUUGUUCUGAUAGCCAUAUAUUAUCUGAGUAAUACACACAGCUCUACGGCUGGAAAUUUUUAACAAACCUUGUGUGGCUGUGGAGUAGGCAGAGGAAGAUGUAGUAAGCUAUCCUGGAAAAUAUGGGGGGCGGUGUGUUUAUACGGACUGUACUACUGUUACCAUAUUACACAUCCCAUUGGCCUCCUUUCUCCCUCUUUCCUCUAAUGGUUUUUGGCACUCUACAAACCAUAUAUACCUUUCUUCAUUCUUUUCCUGCAGCUACGUAUCUUUACACUUACAUAUGUAAAUCUACACAAACACACAUCACCUGAAAGCUCUACAUCCCAUAAGGAAUCAAGCUUCUUCCCUUUUUAUGCGGCCACUGGUCUUCAGCUUCCUCUCUGUUGCCUUUCCCCCAGAACCAUGAUGCUAUUCCAUAGGCAAAUCUGGCUGUCUUUAUUUUUGCAAAUUGCAGUUUGAGAUCUGUCUUGAUGAGCCUGAAUCUCUCACCUCUCCAGUCAAGUGAGAUCAGUUUUUUUCCCCUUCUGUGCUUCAGGGAGGAGUUGAAGACAAACAGCUUGGGGUAAAUGAUCCAGUUUGACAACGCAACAUUCUGCAACCGGUCCCCGCAUUUAACUAUGUAGCAAUUUACUAGGCCAUUCUACGACAGCUUCGGCAGACUGACACAGAAAGGGAUGAAACCAGACAAGUGUGCCACUGGGCUUAUCUUCUCCCCACUUUGCCCCUAGGAUGACCGAGUCUGGCAUAGGCCAGCCCUGUCUUUUCUCAGCCAGUCAAUUUCCCAGUCUGCUAGAAAAAGAAAGGGACGCUGGCAAGUUGGAACGCAAGUGAAAGGAGAGACAAAACUUCCUCACUGACAACCAGAAGAGCGAAACCUCAACUCGAGAAACACCACUCAAUCGAUCCAGAAAGCAUCAAGGACUUGGUGCAAAUGGAAUUGAGUUCCCAAAGCUUCAGCGCAGGGAGAGUCCCUCAUUUAGCCAAGCCCUGAUUUGAUCUGGACCUUAAGUUUAUAACCCAUGGCAGAGAAUCAAGGUGGGGGGAGGGAAGGUCUUCUUCUAGUUUCCUUGCUCUCCUCCUCCCUUCACCUGCUUCUAAUAUCCCCAUUUCUGCUCAUCACAAGUCGGUUCGGGUCUGCACUGCAACAGGAAAAGUGGGAGGGUGAUGACUCGCGGGGACUAGGAAUGGCCUUUCAGCGCCAUAUUGUUCUUGUCUCACCUCUUUCCUUCCCAACCUUUUUCUUGCUUGUACAGUGCCGAGGUGGGUGGCCCCAAGUAGAAGGUGGUAUUGGACUAUCACAAAAUUCCCCUCCCCACAAAAUCCUCUGGGGUUCCUUACAAGAAAAUAGCACUUACUAUCUUGGGGGUUACCUGCUGUCAUCAAACCAUCUACUGGAUCUGGUAAACUGAUGCUCUCCUGGCAAACCCUACACAGCAUCUGGAGAAAGAAAGCAAACUUUGAGGCGGCUGAGGCGAGUCACUGACACAGUCUCCAGUUUAUCAAACAAAUGGAAUCGGAGACAAGACAGCCCACGUGGUGGAAGAAGGCUAACGACUAAGGAAUGUGGAGAUGAGCUGAGAUGGGCCGUGAAAAACCUGCAGCACGAGUAGCUAAACCUGAGGCCAGGGCAUGGGGAGAAGGGCCUGCAGAAUAUGGAGAGAUGCAGGGAAGAGAACAGUCCAUCCUUGGAAUAUCUUCUCCAACUCACCCAGUCUGGAACUUGGAAAUGAGAAGCCAUCCACUAAUACUCUUGGCUGGGAGAAGGCUGCUAAGAGAUGAUUAGCAGAGUUCAGCGGAGCGACAGGUUAAUUCUGAACAUACUUCUUGACCACAGGGCAAGCAGGGUGUCUGCAGGUCUGCACUUUUUGCAGGGACAUUUUCACUGGGUUGUGGAAAACCAGAGACUGAUUGUUAUGAUCCAUUCCUUAUUCUUUUGCCAAACCCUUUUAACUGAUCCACCAGAAAUGGCCGGGACUUUCAGAAACCCAUUGUGCUUGAGAAAGAAGUAGCUUCUGGAGACGAUUUCCUAAAGGGAAAUGUCAUUAAUGUUGCCGAAAAACACUUUUUAAAAGUCUUUCAAAAAUCCUCAAGUCAAAUACAAUGCUAAAGCAAAAGUGAAAAUUGUCCAUUUCAGAAUUAAAAAUUCAACUUUUCUGACUUUUGAAGGUUUGCCACUUUGGGAAAUAGCUAUAAGUUGGCAGAGCAGACGGUGCAAGCUGAAAUUUUCAAUCAUGCAUAAGAAAUGUUAGAAAGAAAAUGACUCAUAUUUGCAUCCUGCAGUUAUGAGGUCUGCUCUGCUCCUCCUAACACUCCCCCAACCUUCCCCAGCCAUGUCAUCACCCCUUUCAAAACUUCAAGAAAUCCUGAUUCCAGAUUUCCCUGCUUCAGUCCCUUUUUGGUGGUCAGGAAGAUAGGUGUCUUUGAUGAACAGCCUUCUGACAAGCUAGAAUGAAACCAGUUGGAGAGAUUCCUGCUUUCUUGCCUUUAAGGAGGAGAAGAUUGGACCACGUAAGCUGGUUAGGUCUGUCAAAUGUUUCUGAUUUAGAGCCCACCAACUCUUGCAAAACAUAAACCUGGAAAAACAAAGUAAUGGAUUGUUUAAUUUUUGUGCAGUUACGCAAACACCCUACGCAAUGCCCAGUAACUGACUAUUCCUGUUGAAACCAGCUUGGAUCCUUUUCUCAGCAUUCGCCUGGCAUAUAAAUCAGCACUCGGCAUUUGGAGAUAAGAGCAAUUACUAUGCUGAGCUGGAUUCUGGGGGCUCCACAUGUCUCUAACAAGCCUUAGAUUAGUCCCCACCACUCGAUUACGGGAAAAGGGCACUUAGCUCUCGUGUUGGCAUCUCAGGCUUCAAACAUGUGAAGUCAAAACAAAAUAGCCCUUAUCCUACUUAGCUAGCAAGUUGCAUUUUUUAAGUCACCAUUGCACACCCCUGAUCCCCUGCCCCCACGAUGGUUUCAGGUUAAGGUAACUUACGUGAACUAAUCUGAAAAAGCAACACUUCUGUGCACAGAUGGGAGCUCCUUACCACUCUUAGGAAAUGGAGUUUACAGAUUUGCUCCCUGUGCUCAUUCAGAAAGCUCUAGCCCAAGCUCUAGUCUUUCUGUAAUGCCAAAGGAGAUUCUUCACAAUUGGGAUUUUUGAUGUGUUUCAUUAAGACCCCGUAAGACUAUAUGAUGGCUUUUUUAAAAUGAUUUCUCCAAAUCCCUCCGUGUCAUCUUCCGUUUUAACGCGUGGCCUCAAGCCUCUUGAUUCCCUGCUAAUUUGUGGACCCUAAAUUUCCAAGAUAAUGAAACAAUCUGGUGCCUCUUGGGAGUUCAGUCCACUCCAUUAGAGGCCAUGAGUGCCUCAGAACCUUUCAAGGUCUAACUAUUUUCCAGUCCGACCUGGGUGUUUAAAGUUCUAAAAAAGAGUGGGUUUGGACAUUUCCAGUCCCUUGGGAAAAAUAACCUCUUCCCACAUGGUUCAACAGACAUCUAUUUUUGUGGAGAAAGUAGACAUUUUAAUAGUUUGUCCUUCCUUUCCAAGUACUUCCAGUUUCUUUCUUUUAUAAAAUUUUGGAAUUUAGUCAGUCUCCUUCAGUGAUUUUACUGGAUGUGCUGAUGGGUUAUAAAUCUCAAGAAACUUUAAGCUUCUGACGAGGGAGUCCUUUUCUUGUGAAAUGGACCAGGGUAAAUUCCCAUUCCACAGAAAAUAGCAUAGUAAUGACAGCAUCAGUUGCCUCUGGUUACUUAGUGUCAAUUAUCGACAUCCCAAGGCACCCCAUUAUCCCAUGCAAAGAGGCUCCCAAGGUCAUUUGCAAACCAUUUAAAAUUGAUUUUCCCUGUUGACCAACCCUCCUUUAGCAGGAGAGCGAACCUUUGCCUUACGGGUUGUCGGGAAAGUGUUGGUGCUAUAUCUGUCCACCUAGAGUCUGCUGCCUUCCCUAAAGUCAGGAAAGCCGAGCGGACGGCAGAUGAAAAAUCUGGGCUAGGGAUUUAAAGUAAAAAAUGGGUUGGCUUGUCUCAAGACAGGAAGGCGCCGAAUAACCCUGAUGGCCACUCAGGGGCUUUUCCAAUCUUGUGAAAAGCAGGGUUCGUAAGCUGCCUGACAUUCUACAAACCCUGCCACUUUACCCCAACAGGCUGAGCGACUCUCUUUCCUACUUAAAGUUCACUAGCCUUCUAGGAUAGCCAAUCAAUGGAGACAACAGGAUUUUGAAGACGAGACUUUUCUGUAUCUCUUAAUACAGAACCGAUUCAGUGGAAUUCCCUGGUGACUUGGGGGCUGGGUCUCCUUUCAAUCUCAGGUGGGUUAAUCCCCCAAGUGUCGAGGCCCCAGGUUGGCUUCCAUGAGACUGUCAGGACUGACAUCCCCCCAGUCUACGAACAUGUUACAUCGUGACACAAAUAAGGCCAGACACACUGACGUCUCAAUCCACCGAUCCUUACUUAAAGACAUUUACACAAGGAAUUGUUCACAAACUGCCAAUCUCCACCGAGGGACCCGGCCAUACCAAUUAGAAAAGACAUUGUGCCUUUUGCCUUCCUCUCUUGUUAGGCUGGUUCUAAAUAGGCCUCCUUUCAAUUUGAGAUGGCCUUAUGUAGGCUCCAAUAUCUUUCACCCAUUCAGAUCACCUCAUGAAUCACAAUAACAUGAGAACUUCCAAAGCUUUUGUUCUUUAAUGAACUGGAGGCAUGUUUACUUUUAAGCUUUGGUAACAGAAAUAAACUGGAGUUUUAUUUGUACAGAACCAAAUAUCCUCCCUUCAACAUGUAUAUGAUGCACCUGUAAUUAAUUUAUGCAAUUGUUUAGUUAUAAAUGUUUCCAAGCUAGAUUGUAAGUUCAUCAGUAUGUGCCUUGUGCUGUUACUGUAAUAAAUUUAAUAUCAUUAUAAAUGAA